AUGAACAGAUCUCGCCUCAAACUUUCCCGCCAAACUAUGAACCUUCAACACCAUCAGAACUCGUCCACUUGCGCAAUAACAGGGAAAGGAACUAAUCAAAAGCACAAUGUUGCACGCUACGCCUCUUUUGCUUCAGCGAUAGCCUCUAGCCUCUGCGCUGGCUCCAUCUCAGCGUAUUCGCUGUACGGUCAUCUAUUUCAGGAAAGACUCGGAUACACACAGAUGCAGGUCAACAUGGUGGCAAUGGCGGCCCAAAUUGCGAUAUAUCUCCCGGUGUCUGGGAGUGGCUACCUAUGCGAUCGUUUGGGACCUGCACCCGUUUCUGUGAUAUCUGCCAUGUUUUUUUUAGCUGGCUAUCUCCUGGCCGCCUUUGCCUAUCGAGGUGGGGCACAAAAUACACAUGAUAUGAGCGAAACGCACGGAUGGCCGGUCGGGGUCAUGGUAUUUGCUUUUGUAUUGAUUGGAUUGGGGACUACGCUGAUGUACUUGAGUGCGCUCACCAACUGCGCCAAGAAUUUUGAAAAGAGUCGGUACAAAGGCUUUGCAAUGGCUAGUCCACUUGCCGCGCUGGGCUUGAGCGGACUGUGGCAGAGCCAGGUAGGAAGUAGAUUACUCUAUGAACGACGGUCCGACGGGAAGAGGGGAGAUGUGGACGUCUUCAAAUUUUUCAUUUUUCUGGCCAUCACCAUUUCCCUGGUCGGCUUCAUGGGCGGAUUCCUGCUACGAGUUUUCGAUGCAGACGACGCUGAAGGUGACGCUGUUGAGGAAUCUGAAAGAAAUGCUCUGCUGGAAAGUCAUCCCAGUGACGGGCAAGGCUAUGGCUCACACGAGGAUCAUACAGUCGAUCAGUCGGCAAAUCUUGGACAAAGAUCAGACAUGAAAAAUUCAACGGUACGGAGAUACGUAUGGGGCUUCAACGAAGAGAUCCGGAGUUUUCUCCGGGAUCACACUAUGUGGUGGCUUAUGGCAGGCUUCUUCAUGGUGUCAGGGCCAAGUGAGGCAUUUGUUACUAACCUUGGUACUAUUCUGGGUACACUGGGCUCAGCAUCUUCGCAGUCAGAUCCUCUCUCAACUACGGCAGCAACGCACAUAUCAAUUGUCAAUAGCGCUUCGACCCUCACUCGCUUGAUCUUUGGCACUCUCCCCGAUUUCAUAGCGCCCCGGGCCCCUAAUUCUAGUUCUUCAGGCUUCACUAUCUCACGCCUUACGCUCUUGAUAGGUGCAACGAUUCUCCUUUCGCUCGGCCAAAUUCUGCUCGCCGCUGGUUUCGUACAGACUCACAUUGAGCGGUUCUGGAUCAUUUCUAUCCUCAUCGGCUCAGGUUACGGUGCCUUAUUUAGCUUAACUCCGCUCAUCAUCAGUGUUAUUUGGGGUGUUGACAACUUUGGGACGUGCUGGGGUAUCGUAUCGAUGGUUCCAGCUCUUGGUGCUACGUUUUGGGGCCUCAUCUACUCCUGGGUCUAUCAGUAUUUCGCUAAUAAAUAUGGGGGGUAUGGAAGUUUACUCUGUCAUGGUCAGGCAUGUUAUGCGGCGACCUUCUGGGCAAUGGCAGGCAGCGUCUGGGUUGGGUGUGCUAUGUGGAUUUGGGCUUGGAGGGGCCGAGGAGGAUGGUCUGAUCGCGGAAUACUCGUCUGA